AUGGAGUUGGUAAUACUGAAAGCUCGAGCCCAACUGAAUCGUCUCGUGUCGUCCGAGAGGCGCAAGGGCAGUAAAAGGGGGGAGGUCGAGGGAGGGGACGACGGGGCGCGGGCGGUGGGGCGCGACCGCGGCAUGGCGCCCGCCGCGCCCGCGCCGGCGUCCGACGCUACCUGGCUGAACGCCACCCUCGCGUACAACCUCACGAGGCUCAACGUAACCUUCGACUCAGACUACGAGCUUCUCAAUGCCAGCUCCCCAGAUGAACAUAAUAUACAUUGGUUCUGCGCUAAGUGGACUAGUGCGCAGCAGGAUCUCUUUCAAGCAGCAAACCUGUGUUUCGCGAUCGCGUUCCUAGCGCCGAAGAGCUUCAAGCAGAGCAUUCUCGUGCUGCGCGCGCUGGCCGCGGCGGGCGCAGUGUUGAUGGGCAUGUGGGCUGGCGCCGAGGUGUGCGCGCCCGACGUGCUAGCCUGGAGCCUCGCUCUCGUGCUCGUCAAUUCUAUACACACUAUAUUUUUAAUAAUAAGGUUUCUUCCACCUGCGUUGUCACUAGAGCUGACAGACUUAUACCUGAAAUUGUUCAAGCCACUGAAAGUAAACAAGAAGCACUUUCAAGAGUUAACUCGGGAGGCGCGCAUAGUUCGGCUCGAGCCGGGGGAAGCAUAUGCGGUGGAAGAUGUCACGCCCGCUGAUGAGAGGCUGUCCAUACUAAUGAAGGGAAAAAUGCGUGUGAGUUGCGACGAGACGCAUCUGCAUUACAUCCAGCCUUACCAGUUCGUGGACUCACCAGAGUGGGAGGCCAACCGGGAGCAGUCCGACGAUGUCUUCCAGGUGACGGUGAUCGCAGAAGAGGUAUGCACGUGCAUCUGCUGGCCGCGCAUGCGCCUGGAGCGGGUCCUGCGUCACCGGCCGGCCCUUAAGGUCGUGCUUGACUGUCUCAUAGGUAAAGAUAUAACUCACAAACUGUAUUCAGUGAGCGAAGGGCUCAGCGCUGGCGGUUCAGGCGACCGUGAAAGUGCGUCUGCGCAUCUGACGCGCUCCGCCAGUGUGGACGCCGUGCACGAAGGCACCCGGGGUCGUCUGAGGAGUCUUGCAUGGAGAGCACGAAGCUCUGCGCCCAAGGGAAAUUCAUACUGGCAGCCGCUAAUAGCUCGGCAGUUCCUUCAAAAGUCGCCAUUUGGGCGUGUCAUAUCACAACCGCCGCGGCUGCUCACGCAGGUGUCUUCCGCCAGCUUGCAACCUCCAGCGCCCGCGCGCCGGCGCAGUCCUCCGCGGCGGUCGGCGUCGUUUCGGCGAGGCCGUGAGGUUAAGUUCGCAGAGACGCCAGCUGCGCCCGAGCAGGCUGUGUGA